AAACUGAAAUAACUUAAAACAAUGAAUUGAAAAGUGAGAAAAGUGGAAAUGCUUGGCGCCUCACUCGCUUGUACCCACACUUAUCCCACUCUGUUCCGUUCUUUGUUUCCAACAUUAACAGCUUCCUAUCACCAAUGCUCGUUUCAGCUGAAGCACCCCAACAGAAGGAAUCGCGUUUUGGCGUCGAGCAACAACAACAACAACAACACCAGCUACGAAGUGGGUGGUGGAUAUCCUGAACUGGACCCCAGUGAAAGGACCUCAAAAGCAAACGCCGAUUCGGAUACAACUUCUCAGCGUCAAGCGCUCCUCCGAGGAGGGGACCAAGUCAUCUCUGUUCUCGAAGAAAUGAUUCUCCUUUUGGAUGACAUGAAUAUGGACGAAGAAUCUGAAAAGGUGGCAGUGGAGUUGGCUGCACAAGGAGUUAUUGGAAAGAGAGUUGAUGAGAUGGAAUCUGAUUUCAUGAUGGCCCUUGAUUACAUGAUCCAGCUUGCUGAGAAUGACCAGGAUGAUAAGCGCAAGUCACUGCUGGAAGUUAUCAAAGAGACAUUAUUAUCACAUCUAACAAAAAAAUGUCCACCCCAUGUUCAAGUAAUUGGUCUUCUAUGUAGAACUCCAAAAAAGGAAAGCAGACAUGAAUUAUUACGCCGAGUUGCAGCUGGUGGUGGUGCAUUUAAGGGUGAGAAUGACUUGAAGAUUCAUAUCCCAGGGGCAAAUCUAAAUGACAUAGCUAACCAAGCAGAUGAUAUAUUGGAGUCAAUGGAAACUCGUCCUGUUGUCUCAGAUCGAAAAUUGCUUGCAAGGCUUGUUUUGAUUAGAGAAGAAGCUCGUGAUAUGAUGGGAGGGGGAAUUUUGGAUGAAAGAAACCACCGUGGAUUCUAUACUCUUCCUCAGCCUGAGGUGAACUUCUUAGCCAAAUUGGUGGCUUUAAAACCUGGGGAUAUUGUGCUUGAUAUGAUAAGAAAUGUAAUGCAAGGAAAAGAUGAAGGUGAAGAAAGCUCUGGCAAUGAUGCUCAGGAUGACACCACUGAUAGGGAACCAACUGAAUUUCUUGGAAGGCCAAUUGUAAAACAGAAGUCACUUCCAGUACGCCCUGGCAUGUUUCUUGAGACUGUCUCCAAGGUCUUGUCUGGUUUAUAUGCUGGAACUGACUCUGGCAUCACUGCACAACAUCUGGAAUGGGUUCAUCGAAAGACACUUCAAGUGCUUCAAGAGAUAGCGUUUGGCUAGUUCUCUUUCCCUUUCUCUUCCUAUAAGUUUUUUUUUUUUUUUUUUUUUAAUGGUAAAGAACGAUGGCCCAUUUUGUAUCCAUGCUUUUAGCCUUCUAUGUGGCUGAAAGACUUAUAGGCUAUUUAUUGCUACAGGUAUAACAUAACAAUAUAAAACUUUGU